CGCGGCCAGCGUGUCCCUCGGCGGGGCCGGUGCCGGGCGGGGGCCAUGGGCCCGGCGCGCCGCAGGGCAGCGCUCCGCCUGCGCGGUGGCGGCUCCCCGCCGCUCCUGGGCCUGCUGCCCGGCAGGGUCUCCGUCUUCCCGCUCUUCUUCCUGGCGCUGCUCCUGGGCUUUGGCUCGCUGCUCUGGCUCCAGCUCAGCUGCUCGGGUGAGGGCUCUGCCCCCGGCGGCAAACAGAGCCGGGGGGGUCCCCACCAGCCCUGCCCGCUCCCGGCCCCUCUGCUGCCGGUGGAGGAGGAGCCGUCAUGGGGUCCCCAUCGCCUGGCGCUGCUUGUCCCUUUCCGUGAGCGCUUCGAGGAGCUGCUGGCCUUUGUGCCCUACAUGCACCGCUUCCUGAGCAAGAAGAGGAUCCGCCACCACAUCUUCAUCCUCAACCAGGUGGAUCAUUUCAGGUUUAACAGGGCAUCCCUGAUCAACGUGGGCUUCCUGGAGAGUGGCAAUGACACAGACUACAUUGCAAUGCACGACGUUGAUCUCCUGCCCCUCAACGAGCAGCUGGACUACAGCUUCCCAGAGGCAGGGCCCUUCCAUGUGGCAUCCCCAGAGCUUCACCCACUCUACCACUAUAAGACCUAUGUGGGUGGUAUCCUGCUGCUCACCAAGCAGCACUAUGAGAUGUGCAAUGGCAUGUCCAACCGCUUCUGGGGCUGGGGACGGGAGGAUGAUGAGUUCUAUCGACGUAUCAAAGGAGCUGGUCUCCAGGUUCGCCGUCCCUCUGGAAUCACAACUGGAUACGACACUUUCCAGCACCUGCAUGACCCAGCCUGGAGGAAGAGAGACCAGAAGCGGAUUGCUGCACAGAAGCAGGAACAAUUUAAGGUGGAUCGGGAGGGAGGUCUGAACAACGUGAGGUACCGAAUCGAAUCACGGACAGCUCUAAGUGUAGCAGGAGCCCCUUGCACUGUCCUUAAUAUCUUGCUGGACUGUGACACAAACGAGACCCCUUGGUGCACAUUUGGCUGAGCCCAUCUCCCGUGUGCCAGUUGUGUGUGCUGUACUUGUGCUGAGAUGCCAGGGUGCUGCCAAGUUGCUUGGAGCAGGCAGGAUUUUUGCAGUGGACCAGCAUGGUGGUGCUGGUGAGACCUAGAGGAACAGAAAAGGCCAAGAACUGGGCUUUGCUGGGACCAAGAGAAGAAGCUGAAAGCAGGACUUAGUGGUGUCGCUGCAGACACUGGUGCUGCCUCCCAGGGCAAGAGCAGGAGGCAAUAUUCCUGCUCUGGACAUGGCUGAGCUGCCAGCCAGCUCAGAGGACAAUAAAAAACUGUCAGGGCACUUGUCAGUUGUGAAUGAC